UUCGCGGCCGCCACGCGAGAGCGUGGCCGUAUAUGCGGCCCGAGAAGCGUGCGCCCGCGCGCACAGAUAUGCGCCCGUCGAUCGCACGGCGAUAGAGAGAGAGGGUUUUGGAUGGAUUUAGAGCGCAGUGAAAUAUGCCAAGGAGACGGAAUGGGGAGAUACCGCUUCCGGAUGGGUGGGACGUCGCCCAGGACUUCGACGGGAAGGUGUACUUCAUCGAUCACAACACGCGGAAGACUACGUGGAUCGAUCCCCGGGACAGGUUUACUAAACCUCAAACAUUUGCGGAUUGUAUCGGGAACGAGCUUCCCCUCGGCUGGGAGGAGGCAUACGAUAAACACGUGGGUGCCUACUACAUCAAUCAUGUCAAUCAGACAACCCAACUGGAAGACCCAAGGCAGGAAUGGCGGGCCAUUCAGGAGGCCAUGCUACGCGAGUAUUUGCACAUCGCACAUGACGUACUCGAGGCGAAAAAGGAGAUCUAUGACGUAAAACAUCAAAGGCUCUGCCUGGCUCAAGAUGAAUACAAUCAUCUCAAUAACGCCUUGACUACCCUUGGUGCCUCUCGUACGAGUUUGUGUUCCAGCUCGAGUUCCUUGAGUACUAAAUACGACCCUGACCUGCUUAAAUCCGAUGUGGCACUCGCAAGGGACCGA